ACAGAAGCGGCGCGUACGCACGCCUCCACUAUGAUCUCGAUCGGAGCGCUACUUACGAUCGCGUGCGCGGUAUCCGCCGUUGAACAUAACAUUAUUAACAAUACAAACAUUGACCAACAAGUUUUAAAAAGACUAAGUACUUUUUUAAAUGCGAGUGGUACUUUAGAUCCCCGAGAUAUUGCUCGACUUAACAGGACUGCUCAGAACUUACGUCUAGAUAAGGAUUUGAUUGCUAAACUAUCUGAAACAAUAAAAAAUGAUAUGCGCAAUGUUAAAAAAACUGAAGAUUUAGGGUAUAAUGUAUAUGACGACGGUGCUGAGGGUGGGAGAAGGGAGCAGCCAAAGUUAAAUGCAGUGGACGAGUCCCCAGAUUAUGCCUCUUCUGUGGUGCUUGCCAGUGAUUUAUUAUCACUUACAAGUGCUGUGGCGAAUGUAAAGGAGAAAGUCUGCAGGGAACAGGGAUACAGAUUUUUGGAUGGGCUAAUCUUGAACAAGAGAUGGGCUUUGAGAAUGUUUGAUGCAUCAGCAAAGUCACCCCAAGGACUGCUUUUCGGCUCUUCGUAUCACCUUGGUAACUUUGAUGAGUGCGUUGGCAUUGAGGAACCAGGUGCUGGUGUGACUGUUGAAGGUCAGUACUGCUUGGCGACAAUAAAGUGGCGACAGCGGGAAGAAUCUAAAAAGAUAAGAACUGGUCGAGGUGAAACUCUACGAUGGGCCGUUUGUGUUCCAAGUGGGUGUGACGCGAACGCCGUCGCGGGCUUCGUUAGUGAUGUUCUCUCUCACACUGUGGGUAACUCGACAGGCGUUGAAGUCAAUGAGAAGGAUUGUUACACUCGAAAGCCUAUGAUUGUUAGCAAACUAGAUAUAGCGUUCUUAGGAAUAAUGUUAUUUUUUGGAGUGAUCCUCUUAUUCACAACCGCCUUCGAAAUGUACUCAAUACGUUAUAUGAAAAGGAAGACUAGCCCAAUGUAUGAUCUCAUAAUUUCGUUUUCAUUGAUAAACAAUACAAAGAAGAUUCUAUCAACAAAACAGAAUAACAGUCUCGGAUUAGAAUGCAUCAAUGGGAUUAAAGCCUUGGCCAUGAUAUUUAUUAUUGCGGGCCACGCCUGCCUUUUCAUCGGAAGUGGGCCUGUUAUGGAUGCUGAAGCUUGGGAUCGACUCAUUCGGGAUCCAGCUAAUGCCUUCAUGUUGAACAACACAUUGCUUGUGGAUACUUUCCUUUUCCUGAGUGCAUUUCUCUUCAGCCGGCUUUUGCUUAUUGAACUGGACAAACGAAGAGGGCGUUUGAACGUUUUGCCAAUACUAGUUUUCCGGUAUAUCAGGGUUACACCAGCGUACAUGAUUGUCAUACUGUUCUACAUGACGUGGUUGCCAAAGAUCGGGGAAGGACCUCUGUGGGAAGGCAGAUUACGUUUAGAGCAAGAGAGAUGUAUGGACAGUUGGUGGGCCAACAUCCUUUAUGUUAACAACUACAUCAAAACCGAAAGAAUGUGUAUGUUCCAAUCGUGGUAUUUGGCCGUGGACACGCAGCUAUUUUUCGUGGCCCCGAUCUUUAUCUGUAGUCUGUGGCAUUGGAGACGGUUCGGUUCUAUAUUUACUGCGGUGGCCACUUUCGUUUCCCUCGUCAUCCCAACUGUCAUCACGUAUAAAGAACGCCUGGAUCCGACGUUGCUGUUUUAUGCUAAAGAGUUCACAGACUUCGCCACGAAUUUUUACUUCGUCGAAGCCUAUAUACGGACUCAUAUGAAAAUGACUCCAUAUUUUAUGGGCAUACUUACAGGGUAUAUAUUACAUAGGAUUCAAUUAGAAAAUUAUGAAUUUUCAAAUCUUCUCAAGACCUUCGGAUGGCUGACUAGCAUCGUUCUAGGCACGGUGACAACUUUCUCAGUCAGUUUAUUCUACCAGGAUUGGUAUGAAUACAGUACAAUUGAAGCCGCCGCUUACAUAUCACUCCACAAAUUCGCAUGGAGUAUUGCCAAUGGAUGGCUGAUUGUGGCCUGUGCUACUGGCAAUGGAGGUAUUCUCGGAAAACUUCUGACGUGGAAAUUCCUCGUGCCGAUUGCGAGACUUACGUUCUGUGCAUAUCUGGUUAAUGGAAUUAUAGAAUUAUAUUACGUGGGCCAAUUGAGACACCCUCUCCAUAUAACAUUCUUUACAGUUGCGGCAAAUGCAAUCUCCCAUAUCGUCCUAACUUUCUUCCUUGCACUUAUACUGUGUAUAAUAUUCGAGUCUCCUCUGCACGGCAUAGAGAAGAUUUUGCUAAGAAUGUUUGCUCGACCAGUAUUAAGUGAUAAUGCGAAACAAGACGUCUCAUGCGAAACAUCGAGAAAUACUAGUCAAAGUAAACUUGAUAUGUAGUUUUAUUAUUAUUAUUAGAUAAUCCCUUUUAAUAUAUCACACUCGCUUUAAGAUUGUAAAUAUAUUUGUUGAGUGUUGAUAUAUUUUGAAUAUUGUAAAAAGUUUUUAUGUUAAGUCCAAUUCUUGUACAUACAUGAGUUAGAAUUUUUAAAUUCUAAGUUCGAUUCCUGAUUAGAGAAAUAUAACGAAUAGUGUUCGUUAUAUGAAUAUUGGUUUUGGUUAAGGUGUGGUUAACUGUAAGCACAUCCAGUUGGUGGGAACUUCCAUCUUUUAAAUAUAAUUGGUAAUUUAAGGUAGAAAAAUAAUUGUAUUUUGUAUGCAACAGCAGUUUAUGAUGAAGGAUUUUAUCGAAGCUUUUAUAUAAAACCUGUGUGCUCUGAUAAAGGUUUUAAAGGAGUGUAUCAUACUAAAUAUAUCACAAUUUUUUAUAUAUCUCUUUUGUAUUUAGUUACUUAGAGACUCUCAAUGCUCAAUGUACUGUAACGUUUCUGUAACCUUAUUAAGAUUUAUAUAUAUGUAUAAAUAGUGUAUUUGUUGUGAUGCUAUGAAUUUUAUUAUAAGGGUAUUUGAAUGUAUAAAUAUUUUUUUAAAGUAUAGUUAGGGAUGUAUUAUCAAUCAAUAUAAUAUAUCGUUAGAGUGUUACCAUAUUACAAGCAAUGUAAAUAAAAAUGCUUAUAUGUAAAAUAAAAAAAAAAGGGGCUUACGUCCUGCCCGUGUACGUAUAUCAAAUGUCGUAGCGGUUAAACGGUUGAGAAAUUUAUAUGCUUCAGCGCUUUCAAGCAGUGAUUUCCAAAAAUGUGGACAGUAUAAAAAACUUCUAUAUGAAAAAAAUACAUUUAAGUGACAAUUUUCAGUUUUAAAGGGUAUCGAUGUCCACCCUGCUAGAAUACGCGGCUGAUAUCAAUAUCAGUGUACAAAAAAUUGUUGACAUUUCAAUGUAUUGAACCUCUGAAACAGCGCAUCACGUACUUUAAAAUAUUUUAUUAUCUUUUACCAAUAUAUACCUAAUAGUUAAUUUUUAAACCUUAUAAAAUGUGCCGCAUAACAUUAUAGUUUAUAAUUAAUUACAGUGAGA